GGUGAAUCGGGAGAGCAAGUUCGAUUUCCCGACUCCCGAAUCGCCGACUACCACCACUUUGAACAGGGACAAAAAUAGGAAAUAAAAAUUUAAGGGAGAAGGAGAAUAGAGAAAUGAGAGAGAUCUCUAUUGAGGAGAGAUCGUUGCGAUUUCUUCUAUUGCUCUGUUCAUUUUCGUCGCAAUUCAUUCCAGGCUCCUCAGACGAUCCAUCAGGUCCCAGAAAUGAAAAAAAGGCUGAUGCUCACGCCUCUUCAAACAAGAGUGCAGGUUAUAGAGCACUCAUGAUAUGCGCUGGACUUAUAGUGGUUGCUGGGUUAUCUUUUUUCCUUUUCAAGUUUUGGCAAAAGAAAAGGCGUGAAGAGCAAUAUGCUCGCCUGCUAAAGUUGUUUGAAGAGGACGAUGAACUUGAAAUGGAGCUUGGCCUUCGGGAUUGAAUCCAUUUCCACACAAUUUUUUGUUACAAUGAAUUAAGGUGAAAGUUGCACGACAUCUCAGGAAAUGUGCGCUUGGCUGACCACGUGCAGUUUAGGAACAUUUCCAGAGGCUUGAGGCCUUGAAAGGCACUUUUAGUUUCCCAGGUAUUAGAUUUGCAAUGGAAGGGCUGGUCUGUAAAAGCUGCUUGCUAGUGGUAGAAAGUGUUCAUUCAUAUCAAAGUUUUUACCAUUAAUGCUGUUCUUCACUUGUGAAGCUAAUCUGCUUAUAUUGGGAAAUGUCAGGAAUAACUCUUGUGCAAAGCUGUUUCCCUACUUUCUAGUUUGAAGUGCAUAUUUAAUACGAGGAUGAUCAUAAUAUUUACUACUCGUGAUUAAUAGUGUGUUGCGUGGUUAUACAGUUAUACCCAGUAAUUUGAUUCGAUUAUGUGUAGCACAACAAUCUAAAGUUAAUUAAUAUUUGUAUGAUCUGUUAUUGUUUGCACUCGAUCUACUAUUUGGAACUAAGUUUAGAUAAUGCGUUGUAACGUGAAACACUAGUUAAAUGAAGUAAAUGAAGUUUAAAAAUAAGUCAGUGUGCU